UUUGCAGAGAGGAGAGAUUUUUAGUUGAUCGUGAUUGAUGGAUGGAUAGAGAAAAAUGACUUUAUCUUAUUUUAAAGAUUUAUUUGCUUUGAUUCUGGAUUUUGACUAGUGAUUGCAAUUUGCCCCGUCCCGUCUCGUCGGGUACCCACCCGAUGGGUUGAUGGGGUGGGGCGUGCUGCCCCGUCUCGGGUCAUGGGGCGAGGCUACAGAGACAGUCAGAUAGAGCAAAUGAACCGCAGAAGAAAUCCCCAGUUCCCCACAAACACUUGCCCUAAUUUUUCCUAUUCCAUUUUCCUCGUUCGACUUCGAGUCUUUGUCUCUUCGACCCAUUCACAAAGCAGCAGUCGGCAAAGCCCUCGGAACAGAGGAAAAUAUCAUAUCAUCUAGAGACAAAAAGGCUAUUGGGCUUUCUGGAGUGAGCAGGGAAGACUACACUUCAACAGAGUUGGUGGAUCCAGAUCCUGCUGGUUUUCAGGAUAGCAACAUGGUGGUGGAUAUUCCUUUAGAUGGUGUAGUCAAUAUGAUUUGUUUGUAUCAUGUGUUACCAUUGCCACGGUUAUGGUUAUACGAUCUGGUGUCUUCUUGGUCUUUGCUGAAUGGACUAAAAAGAUAGGAUUUUGGGUGGUUCUCGGAUAUUGCGAUUGUGGCAGGAGUGGUGGUGCCUCGUGGUGGUGUUAAUUGCUGUAUUGUGUUUGUGAGCAUGAUGAUUCUGGAGAUUCAGUUAGUGUAGAAGCUGUGAUAGCUGUGCUUUUAGGGGUUUGGUAGUGGGAUUCAUAAUGGUUUAAAGAUUCCGUGGGUGUUGGUGAUGGGUUGCGACGGGUGUGCUGACAGAGAGUAGAGAUGUCUGGCCCAAGUAGUGCUGGAAGUAUUGGAUUAGGACCAAUAUGUGAGGAAGAUAGCCCGACCAAUGUACCGGAGAGCAAUGUCCCGCAAGAAGAUCCAGUUGAACUAUUACCAAAUGUGGAUGAAAGGACAAUAAACCUAAGUGACGAGAAGCGUGACAUUGGAGAAAUAUCAUUUGGAAAGAGAAAAUUUACUUCAACUGUGUGAGAGCACUACAAAAGACAGAAAAUUAGUGAGAAAUGGAAGGCUAUAUGCAAUCAUUGCAAGAAGCAGUUAGAAGGUGAAACAAAAAAUGUUACAAAGCAUAUGAUUAUUUGAAGAGAUGUGUACUAUGUUAUAAGGAUAAUACUCACCAAGCAACAUUAAAUUUCAAAAAGGAUGCCACGAGUGGCAAGGUCACAAUUGGUACUUACUCUUUCGAUCUAGAUAAGUGUAGAUAUAGUCUUUUGAAAAUGGUGAUUUUGCAUGAGUAUCCUUUGUCUAUGGUUGAUCACAUUGGAUUUCGAGAGUUCUUGCAUGACCUACAACCAUUGUUUAAGGUUCCUUCUCGCAACACUUUGAAGAGCGACAUUUUGAAAAUCUAUGAAUACGAGAGAGCCAAAAAUAUGAUUGCACUUGAGAAGAUCGAGAGUAGAAUUUCGAUCACUACCGACAUGUGGACCUCUUCUAAUCAAAAGAGAGGAUUCAUGGUUAUCACUGCUCAUUUCAUAGAUGAUGCGUGGAAAUUACAGAGUCGAAUCAUGAGGUUUAUAUAUCUGUUGUGCCCACACAUUGCUGAUGUACUUUCAGAAACUCUAUUAAGCAACUUGAUGGACUGGAAUAUUGAUCGUAAGUUACUAACUUUGACGGUAGAUAAUUGCACCACAAAUGAUGCAAUGAUCAAUAUUGUGUUAAGUCAACUUUGUACUCAUUCUCUUGUACUGAAUGGUGAAUUUUUUCAUAUGAGGUGUUGUGCACGUAUAUUAAAUCUUAUUGUGAAGGAUGGGUUGGACAUUAUUAGUGGUAGCGUUGAAAAAAUUUGUGAUAGUGUUGCUUAUUGGACAGUCACGCCAAAGAGAUUUGAAAAAUUUGAGCUCUUUGCACGUUAGUUGAAAAUUGAUUGUGAGAAAAAAUUGGUACUUGAUUGUAAAACAAGGUGGAAUUCUACGUAUUUGAUGCUUAGUACUGCUUUGAUUUAUAAGGAUGUUUUUUCGCGUUUGAAACAGAGGGAGUCAUGAUAUAAAUGUUUCCCUAGUGAUGGUGAUUGGGAUUUAGCAAAAGAAAUAUGUGAGAAGUUAAAGAUUUUUUUUUGAGGUUAUUGAAUUGUUUUCAGGAACAAAGUACCCAACUGCUAAUCUCUUCUUUACAAAUAUUUGUGAAAUCAAACUGUCGUUGUAUGAGUGGCUUGAAUCUCAUUAUGUGGAAGUUCAAAAGAUGACAAUCAGUAUGAUGGAAAAGUUUAAUAAGUAUUGGAGCGAUAUUCAUGGAGUUUUGGCUUUAGCAGCAGUGUUGGAUCCGAGCUAUAAGAUGAUGUUAGUUAAGUUUUAUUAUCCUCGUAUUUUUAAUCACAAUGCUGCAAGUGAGAUUGACAAAAUAUAUCAAGUUUGUGACAAGUUGGUGCACGAUUAUCAGAAAAAGAAUGAUUCAAGUGAGUAUUUAGCUCAGUCUUCUACUUCUUCUUGUCAAAUCGAGACGGCUAGUGCUAAUAAUAAAUCAGAUCGCAUGGCGAAAUUUUAUAAAUUUGUUUCUAAUGUUGAAGCUCCUAGUAGUGUGAAAACCAAGCUUGAUACUUUUUUGGAUGAGCCUAUAUUGCCUCGGUCGGAUGAUUUUGAUAUAUUGAUAUGGUGAAAAGUGAAUUCAAUCAAAUAUUUUACUUUAUCUCGAAUUGCAAAAAAUAUUUUGGCCAUCCCGAUAUCAACUGUGGCAUUCGAAUUUGCUUUCAGUACUAGUGGUAGAUUUUUUAGUCUACACAGAAAUAGACUUCACCCCAAAACUUUGGAAGCUUUAAUGUGUGCUCAAGAUUGGAUAUGGACCAAUAUUCACGCGAAUUCUGUACCAUCUGCAUAUUUUGGAAGUUGCUCCAAGAUGAAUGAUGAGGAUGUUGAUGAGGAGAUCAAGUAAACAACUCCGGCCAAGGAACUGGUUUCUGUUUAAACAGUUGGAAAGUGGAUCUCAGAAUCUAUCGGUCAAUGGCAUCACAUUUUUCUCUUUCUACUUUCCACAAAUAGUUUUCCUUUUCCAUCUAAUAUAUACUUUAGUCAAAGAUUAUUGCUUUUGCAAUUUCUUUUCUAAUUUCUUGUCACUCACAAAAUUCCACUGUAAUCUCAGCGUUUUAAUGAAAAAAGCCCACAAAACCAUGCAAGCUAUGAAACUCGUUAAUCCCUUUGCAUCCCUCUCAGAAGAGAUCAAAUCGACAAUCUUAGACUGCCUCGAUGAAGACUCAGAAACGAAGAAAUCUUUCUCUUUAGUCUGCAAAUCAUUCCACUCUAUUGAAUCCCAUCAGAGGAAGACUUUGAAGCCUCUUUACAUUGAGCUCAUAUCAAGAAUUCUCACCAGAUACCCCCUGAUUCAUCAUGUUGAUCUUACUUACUGUCCACGUGUAGAAGACAGAGUACUGUGGUCUAUAUCUAAUGCAUAUUGGUCUACUUUGAAGUCCAUUAAUCUGUCAAGAUCUAGAUUUUUUACUCAUAUGGGAUUGUCAAGUUUAGCAAGCAAGUGUUGGGGUUUAAUUGAAUUGGAUUUGUCCAAUGCAACGGAGUUGACGGAUGCUGGGGCGGCAGCUAUUGCAGAAGCUAAGAACUUGGAAAAGUUGUGGAUGGCAAGGUGCAAAUUGGUAUCAGAUAUUGGGAUUGGGUGCAUUGCUGUGGGCUGCAAAAAGCUGAAGCUUAUUUGCUUGAAAUGGUGUGUGAGACUUACUGAUUUGGGUGUAGGUUUAAUUGCCACAAAGUGUAAAGAUAUUCAGAGUUUGGACCUCUCUUAUUUGCUGAUAACGGAGAAGUGUCUAGUGCCUAUUCUGCAACUACAAUAUCUCAAAGAGUUAAUUCUUGUCGAAUGUCCUGGUAUCGAUGAUGUGGGCCUUGGGAUUCUGAAAGAAAGUUGCAAGUCACUCGAGGUAUUGAUAUUUUCCGAUGGUUUAAUAAAGGUGCUCAAUAUAUCCAAAUGUCACAAUAUGAGCAAUGUCGGAUUGUUUUCUUUAAUCAAUGGCGCUGAACGCUUAAGCCACCUUAGUUUGGCAUAUGGCUCUGCCGUCACUGAUGAUUUUGCAAAAUGCUGGUACAAGUUAUCGGGAUUGAAAUCUAUCAAGUUAGACGGUUGCCUGGUCACAUUCUCUACAAUAAAAGCAAUUGGGGAUUGGUGUGUAUCUUUGAAGGAGUUGAGUUUAUGUAAAUGCCCUGGAGUGACAGACGAGGGUGUUUCCUAUAUCGCUCAGAGGCUUCUUCAGUUGCAGAAACUGGAUAUUACGUGUUGUCACAAGAUAACUUGCGCCUCUAUAGAUAGCAUAACAAAUUCGUGUUCUUCACUCACUUCCCUCAGAAUGGAGGCUUGUUGCAUGGUUGCUCAAGAAGCUAUCGUGUUGAUUGGACAGCGCUGUCAAUCUUUGAAAGAACUGGAUAUCACUGACAACGAAAUUGAUGAUGAAGGUUUAGAGUCAAUCUCGAGAUGUACCAAGCUUUUGAGUUUAAAAAUGGGAGUGUGUCCAAACAUCACAGAUUGUGGACUAUCACAUGUUGCAAUGUCUUGUCAAAAGCUUAUAGAGCUCGACUUGUACAGGUGCAUAUCAAUAACUGAUGAUGGCAUUGCAGCAGUUGCUAAUGGUUGCCCUGCCCUGGAGUCGAUUAACAUGGCUCACUGUGACAAAGUUACUGAUGCUUCUUUAUUAUCCUUAUCUCAAUGCUUACAAUUGAAAGUUCUAGAAAUUCGAGGUUGUCCUUGCGUCUCUUCUGUUGGAUUAUCCGCCGUUGCCACGAAUUGUAAAAAGCUGAGCAUCUUGGACAUUAAGAAAUGCUGUAACAUUGAUGAUACUGGAAUGAUUUCUCUUGCUCGAUAUUCUCAAUACCUCAAACAGAUAAACUUAUCGUAUUGUCCAGUUACCGAUGCUGGACUUGUAGCACUGGCUAGCAUAAGCCGUCUGCAGAAUAUGACUAUCUUGCACGUUACUGGAUUGACUCCAAACGGCGUUGUAGCUGCUCUUUUUGCGUUUAGAGGGCUCAUGAAAGUGAAACUCCACACAUCCUUUAAAGCAUCAAUCCCUCAGUCUGUACAUAGUGUGAUGGAACACCGUGGCUGCGUAUUUCAUUGGAGAAACAAAGCUUUUCAGGUGGAGACAGACCCCAAUGGAUGGCAAAUACAAUUACCAAGACAUGAUGGUUGAAAAUGGAAACGUACGUCAUCAUCUAAUAAGUUCACAAAUUAACGAGUUCGGGACUUAAUAAUGGACAACGUUGCACGAGCUAAGUUCAUGUUUGACUACCAUUUAUAAUUUAAUCAUAAACGAUCCAAUUCACACGUGACCAACCAACAUGCUUUAAAGUUUGUCAUUUUUAUUGUUUAUUGUAUAUUUGAAGAUAACUUUGACAAGGAUGUGAAAUGUAUUGUUUUAUUAUCCGAAAUGUUGACAUUGCUUCUAGAA